AUGCGCCGUCGAGGGAAUGAGACCGGGCGCAGCUCGCCUCCAGCCCUAGCGUCCAGCGGGGUCCCUGGGCAAAGGCGUCGACAGCUGGCGAUGGGGCAGCGAUCCGUCCCUGGGAGCAGGACGGCCGCCACGCAGAGGACUCUGCCGAACUUAUUCUUUUUCCUGGUCUUCCUGGGACCUUUCAACUGCUUUGCAAGCUACAGCCGUGCCACGGAACUCUUCUACAGCAUCAAUGAAGGGCUGCCUGCUGGGUACCUCAUUGGGAAUCUAAUCCAGGAUUUACAGCUCCAGGGGGAAGCCGAGGAAGUGGGGGAGACAGCAGGAGUGGGGGAGCGGCAGCCCAUCCCAUGGGGAAGAGCCCCUCUCUCCUUCAGUCUAGCCUCGGAGGGACUGGGAGGCCUGUACGUCCGCCUGAACAACCGGACAGGAGAACUUCACACAUCAGCCCAGGAGAUCGACCGCGAGGCCGUGUGCACAGAGGACAACGUCGGUUCUAACGCGGUCGCCUCUUCGUCCUCCUCGCCAGCACCAUCCUCGGAGUCCUGCCUGCUGUUGCUGGACGUUCUGGUCUUACCUCAGGAGUAUUUCCGCCUUGUCAAGGUAAAGAUUGCCAUCCAUGAUGUAAAUGACAAUGCGCCCUGGUUUCCCCUGCCGCAGAUACACCUCUUUGUGCCUGAGAAUUCGCCCAUCAACACCCGCUUAGCUAUAGAGCACCCAGCUGUAGACCCAGAUAUGGGUACUAAUGGGGUCCAGACAUACCAACUGGAAGAAGACUAUGGGGUUUUUACACUGGAUGUGGAGGAAAAUGAAAGUGGGGAAAGAACGCCUUACCUGAUUGUCAUGGGUGCCUUGGACAGGGAGGCUAGAGAUGAAUAUGUCACACUCAUAACUGCAGAGGACGGAGGAGAGCCACCAUUGGUGGGCAGUGCCACCCUCACUGUUGGCAUCAGUGACAUCAAUGACAACUGUCCCCAGUUCAACGAGACCCAGAUCAAUGUCACGAUCUUUGGUAACGCUAGCAUCGGGUUGCGUCUAGCCUCAGUCCGUGCUGUGGAUGUGGACCAGGGAAUCAAUGCCGAGAUCACCUACUCCUACAGCCAAAAGGUGUCUCAGUCGUCCCGUACUUUGUUCCACCUUGACGAAAGCACUGGCGCGAUCAAGCUCUCCAAGCGGAUUAAUGGGGAUACUCCUCGUCUCCAUCGGUUGAGCAUAUUGGCUAACGGUCCUGGUUGCAUUCCAGCUGUUAUUACUGUGUUGAUAUCUAUCAUCAAAGUCAUGAUGAGACCUCCAGAAGUGAUCCCUCGCUUUAUAGCUAAUGAAGUGGAAGGGGUGGUUUACCUGAGGGAACUGGAGCCGGUGAACACCCCAAUAGCGUUUUUCACCAUAAAAGACCCAGACGGGAAGUACAAAGUGGAAUGCUAUUUGGAGGGUGGUGGUCCAUUCAGAUUGUCACCGUACAAACCCUACCACAACGAGUACCUAUUGGAGACUACAGAGCCAUUGGAUUACGAGUCUCAACAGUCCUAUGAAGUCUCUGUGAUUGCAUGGAAUACGGAGGGAUUCCAUGUCAAUAGAAGAGUUAAAGUGCAGAUUCUGGACGAUAAUGACAACUCACCCGUUUUUUCCCAACCACUGAUAGAACUGUCCAUAGAAGAAAACAAUGCACCCAGUGCUUUCUUGACCAAGCUCCAUGCGACAGAUGCAGACAGUGGGGAAAGGGGACAAGUUUCUUAUUUCCUUGGCCCCGAAGCUCCUUCUUAUUUUUCUUUAGAUAAAGUCACUGGAGUCCUUACAGUUUCCACCCAACUGGACAGAGAAGAAAGAGAAAAAUACCGUUACACAGUUAGAGCAGUUGAUUUUGGAGUGCCUCCCCGAGAAUCGAUAGCCACCAUUACCAUCUCGGUACUGGAUAAAAAUGACAACAGUCCAAGAUUUAUCAACAAGGAUUUCAGUUUUUUCGUGCCAGAGAAUUUCCCAGGCUUUGGCGAAAUUGGAGUUAUAAGUGUCACUGAUGCAGAUAUUGGGCAAAAUGGAUGGGUCGCACUUUCUGUCGUCAAUGGAAGUGACAUCUUCGUUAUAGACACUGGCAAAGGAGUGCUGAGAGCCAAGGUCUCCCUUGACAGGGAGCAGCAGAGUUCAUAUACCCUGUGGGUUGAAGCAGUUGAUGGAGGGGACCCUGCUUUGUCCUCUACUGCAAAAAUAACUAUCCUUUUACUGGACAUAAAUGACAAUCCACCAUUAGUCUUAUUUCCUCAGUCUAACAUGUCUUACCUUCUGGUCCUUCCUACAACUCUGCCUGGAUCUCCCAUCACAGAGGUCUAUGCUGUAGAUAACGACACUGGCAUGAACGCAGUCAUAGCAUACAGCAUCAUUGGGAGAAGAGGUCCCCGGCCGGACUCUUUUAAGAUUGACCCCAAGACAGGCAACAUCACUCUGGAAGAGUCCCUCAUGCAGAAUGACUAUGGCCUCUAUCGCCUUCUUGUGAAGGUUAGUGAUCAUGGUUACCCAGAGCCUCUUCAUUCCACAGUCAUGGUGAACCUGUUUGUCAACGACACUGUGAGCAACGAGAGCUACAUUGAAAGUCUUUUAAGGAAGGAACCUGACAUUAAUAUUGAAGAAAAAGAACCUCAGAUUUCUAUAGAACCCACGCACAGAAGAGUUGAAUCAGCUUCUUGCAUGCCUACUUUGGUAGCCCUCUCAAUAAUAAGCUUGGGUUCAAUAACACUGGCAACUGGAAUGGGCAUUUAUAUCUGCCUACGGAAAGGGAGAAAAUACCAUAGAGGAGAGGAAAACUUGGAAGUACAAAUCCCAUUAAAUGGAAGAAUUGAUCUGCAUAUGCUGGAGAAGAAACCAGUGGAAAUUUCCAAUAUUUGA